CGUACCUGCAUAUGGCGGACGCUCAGUUUGUGUUUAUGUCAAUAAAAAACUGAUUUUCGUUUACGCGGGUGAGGAUUUAUUAAAAUUUAUAAAAGAUUAUGUGUAAGUGGAACCUGUGAGUUUUGUGUAUUUUUUGUGAUAAUGUUUUACGUAACUGGACUCAAAAGCAACUUCAUAUCUUCAUUGGACUUAUAAGGACAUUUAGUUGCAAAACAGUGCGGGCCACGAUGUAUCCCGAGACCACACCCGCGCAGCCCGGCGCCAGUAAGAUGCGAGAGCGGCGACGCGCGCACCACCGCACCGCCGCUCUGCUGUUCGCCUGCCUAUUCUUCCUCUCUCAAGCCGACGCUGCUGAUCCGCCCGAGAUCACAAUCCGACCACGCAAUCUGCAGGUCCGCGCCAACGGUAUCGCCGCCUUUUACUGCGCGGCUCGAGGCGACCCCAUACCCAACAUCCAGUGGCGAAAGAACGGAAAAAGAGUUUCAAGUAUGCAGUCUCGUUACCAAGUUUCUGGAAUGGACUCGGCUGCCGGACCGAACGCUAAUGGCGCAGUGCUACGGAUCGAGCCGGUUCGAGCUCAGCGGGAUGAUGCUACGUACGAGUGCGUAGCCGAGAACGGAGUCGGCGACGCGGUCACUGCAGUCGCUACACUCACUGUAUUUGAAGCUGACAAGGUUCCACCAGGAUUCCCCAGCAUUGUGCCGCCCUCGUCUACAAUGGUCGUGGAAGUUGGUCAUACUGCGACGCUGCCAUGCCAAGCCAGUGGUAGCCCUUCGCCUCGUGUUCGCUGGCUCUGGAACUCGUUGCCAUUGGACGUUGCGUCGAACCCUAGAUAUGCACUGUUGAAUGAUAAAAUGCACGGGACUUUACAAAUUGUGAAAAGCGAGGAAGAAGACCAAGGGAAGUUUGAAUGUGUCGCCGAGAACGCCAUCGGAACGGAGUUCUCUAAGCCGACGUCGUUGUAUGUCAAAGUGAGGAGAGUUGCACCGCAGUUCUCUAUCCCCCCUCCCCCGCGCACCGAAGUAAUGCUCGGAGGGAAUCUCACGCUGAAAUGUGUAGCCUUCGGAUCGCCCAUGCCCACCGUCAAGUGGAGAAAAGGUCUGACGAAAUGGCUCACCUCGGAAGACAAUCCGCCGCUAGGACUGAACACGCUCAAACUAGAAGAUAUCAGAGAAUCAGCCAAUUACACUUGCGAAGCGGCCAGCGUGCUCGGCGUGAUAGAAACAACGGCUGAAGUCAAAGUACAAUCAUUGCCUGGACCACCGACUGAAGUUCGAGCAUCAGAAAUAACGGCGACAACUGUUCGACUAGCGUGGACUUACAGUGGCCCUGAGGAACCCCAAUAUUACGUCAUCCAGUACAAACCUAAAUACGCUAAUCAGGCAUUUAGUGAGAUAUCAGGAGUUAUCACACAAUACUAUUCAGUAACAAAUCUGUCUCCGUACACUGAGUAUGAAAUGUAUGUGAUUGCUGUUAAUAACAUCGGUAGAGGCCCGCCAUCGGCACCAAGGGUUUUUACUACAGGAGAAACUGUGGAUUCCCUUUAUGGAGGUGCAAAACCUGGGUCAGCGCCGAGAAAUGUCCAAGUUCGACCUCUGAGCUCCAGCACAAUGGUGAUUCAAUGGGAUGAACCGGAGACGCCUAACGGUCAAGUAACGGGGUACAAAAUUUAUUACACCUCAGAUCCGUCUCAACUUUUGCAAUCUUGGCACUCCCAAAUGAUGGACAAUAAUCACCUGACAACAAUCAGCGAGCUGACCCCUCACACGGUGUACACAAUACGCGUGCAAGCCUUCACGUCCGUCGGUCCCGGACCAAUAUCCGCCCCUGUACAAGUUAAAACCCAACAAGGUGUACCCUCUCAACCUUCAAACCUCGUGGCAGUCGAAGCCGGUGAAACAUCAGUGACUCUCUCGUGGAGAAGGCCAGCUCAUGCUGGAGACAAUAUAGUUUCCUAUGAGCUGUAUUGGAACGAUACAUACGCUAAGGAACACCACAGGAAACGGAUACCGAUAACCGAGACGUACACCCUGAACGGGCUGUACCCCAACACGCUGUACUACAUCUGGCUGGCGGCGCGCUCGCAGCGCGGCGAGGGCGCCACCACGCCGCCCAUCGCCGUGCGCACCAAGCAGUACGUUCCCGGAGCACCCCCGAUGAAUGUGACUGCCGUGGCUGUAUCUCCUACCGCCAUUCGGGUGUCAUGGCAGCCCCCGCCGGCCGAGCAGGCAAAUGGACGGAUCGCCUACUACAAACUUCUUUGCGUGGAAUCCGGGAGGGGAGAUUCGGAGGCCACAGUGGUGAAACUGAACCAGACGAGCUUCGUACUGGACGAGUUGCGUCGCUGGACGGAGUACCGCAUAUGGGUACUGGCGGGCACCAGCGUUGGCGAUGGACCCGCUUCGUACCCGGUCACCGUCCGCACUCACGAAGACGUGCCCGGAGAACCUCAAGAAGUUAAAGUGAACGCCAUCAAUUCGACGUCUAUUCAUGUGACGUGGAAGCCGCCUCCGGAAAAAGAGAAAAACGGUAUCAUAAGAGGUUAUCACGUUCACGUGCAAGAAGUGAGAGAAGAGGGUAAAGGUCUCCUCAAUGAUCCGAUGCGGUUUAACGUGAUGGACGACACGACCCUCGAAUUGAACGUAUCGGGACUUCAACCGGAUACGCGGUACAGCGUGCAGGUAGCGGCGCUAACCAGAAAGGGUGACGGCGAUAGAAGUGCUCCGGUCUCAGUUAAAACUCCCGGUGGAGUGCCAAACAGGCCAACAGUUAAUUUAAAGAUAUUAAAACAGGAUCCUAUAGUGUCAAUUGAAAUAGAAUGGGCUAAACCCACUCAAACCUAUGGAGACUUGCUGGGCUAUAGGUUGAGAUAUGGUAUUAAAGAUCAACCACUUGAAGAAGUUAAUUUUCCUGGAACCAAAGUUACCUCGCAUAGAAUAAACGAUUUAGAAAGAGGAGUGCAGUACGAAUUUAGAGUAGCCGGAAGAAAUCAAAUUGGAAUUGGCCAAGAAACAAUCAAGUACUGGCUGACACCAGAGGGUGCGCCAAAAGGACCGCCAACGAAUGUCACAUAUCACUUUCAAACGCCAGAUGUUAUUAGCGUAACCUGGGAACCACCAGUGAGGGCUGAUCGUAGUGGCCAGAUUAAAAAGUAUGACAUCCAGUUUUAUAAAAGAGGCGAUCAAUCAUCUAUGGUUGAAAAAACAACUGAGUUGACAAAGGUCGUCUUCACGAGCUUAGAAGAAGAUGCUCAUUAUGUGUUCAAAGUUAGGGCUUACACUGAUCAAGGUGCAGGCCCAUAUAGCAAAGAUGUUACGGCUCAUACUGAAAGGGAUAUCGGUAGAGCGCCCAUGUCAGUGAAAGCCGUGGCAACGUCGGAAUCCGGUGUAGAAGUAUGGUGGGAGCAGGUUCCGUCAAGGAAGAAAAUAUUAGGUUAUGUUAUAUUUUACACUAUGACGCCUGUAGAGGAUUUAGAUGAAUGGCAGCAUAUAAAUGUUCAUGUUACACAUUCUGCAAACUUAGAGAAUUUAGACAAAUUUGCAGAAUAUGCUAUUGCUGUAGCAGCGAAAACUGCUGACGGUCUCGGAAGGUUAUCGGAAAAGGUUACAGUUAAAGUGAAGCCCGAAGAAGUGCCUUUACAUCUUAGAGCUCAAGAUGUAUCCACCCAUUCCAUGACUCUAUCAUGGUCCCCCCCGUUACGCUUAAACCCGGUUAGUUAUAAGAUAUCAUACAAUGCUAUUAAAGAAUUUGUUGAUUCGCUGGGAAUGACGCAAACGCAAGAAAUUCCUAAAAGAGAAAUAAUAGUUAAACAUGACAGAACAUCAUACUCUAUAAAUGACUUAUCUCCGUUCACUACAUAUAAUGUUAACAUAAGUGCCAUACCUAAUGAUAAUUCCUAUAGACCACCUACUACAAUAUUUGUAACUACUCAAAUGGCUGCACCAAAACCAAUGGUAAAGCCAGACUUUUAUGGUGUUAUUGAAAAUGAAAUACUCGUAAUUCUACCUCAAGCGUCAGAAGAAUACGGACCUAUUUCACAUUAUUAUCUAGUUGUAGUUCCUGAUGAUAAAACACAUAAUCAUAAAAACCCUGAUCAGUUUUUAACAGAUGAUUUAAUUAAAAAUAACGCUCGGACAGAUGACGAAAAUGCACCGUAUAUAGCUGCUAAGUUUUUACAAAGGAAUAUACUUUACACGUUCCAUCUUGGUAAUGAUGAGUUGUAUGAGGGUUUCCUUAACAGAAAAUUAAACCUAAAUAAGAAAUACAGAGUCUUCGUUAGAGCCGUCGUUGACACGCCUCAAAAACAUUUGUACACGUCCAGUCCGUUCUCGGAAUAUCUAUCAUUAGAUAUGCGCGAAGCUCCGCCCGGUGAAGAACCAAGUAGGCCUGAUCCUAAAGACAUUAACGGUGAUCCCGAAAUCAGAAUAGAAGAAAACAGGAAGGAAGCUGGCAUGCUUUGGGUUGUCGGGCCUAUAAUAGCAGCAUUAAUGCUUUCCUUGUGUUUGGUACUUUUGUUCAUCGUCAAAAGAAGAAGACAGCCUUGUAAAACACCAGAUCAAGCAGCUGUUACGCGACCUUUAAUGUCUGCUGAUAUAGGCUUCGGUGCGCCUUCCGACCCGGUCGAAAUGCGACGCUUGAAUUUCCAAACACCGGCCAUGAUUUCUCAUCCUCCUAUUCCGAUAUCGGAACUCGCUGAACAUAUAGAUAGACUUAAAGCUAAUGACAACCUCAAGUUUUCGCAGGAGUACGAAAGUAUAGAACCGGGUCAGCAGUUUACAUGGGAUCACUCCAAUAUGGAAGUAAAUAAACCUAAAAAUCGUUAUGCAAAUGUUAUCGCUUACGAUCAUAGUCGUGUCAUAUUGCAACCAAUUGACGGAAUACUUGGAAGUGAUUAUAUAAACGCCAACUAUUGUGAUGGCUACCGUAAACAUAACGCCUACGUCGCAACUCAAGGGCCGCUUCAAGAAACGUUUGCUGAUUUUUGGCGUAUGUGCUGGGAACUUCGAACGUCCACUAUAGUAAUGAUGACAAAAUUAGAAGAGCGAACCAGGAUAAAGUGCGACCAAUACUGGCCCAGUCGAGGCAGUGAGUCGUAUGGCAUGAUGACGGUUACCAUCGCAGAAGUUCAGGAACUUGCCACUUAUUGUAUUCGAACCUUCCAAGUCACUCGAAAUGGGGGUGCGGAACGUCGGGAAAUCAAACAACUGCAAUUCACUGCUUGGCCCGAUCAUGGAGUACCAGACCAUCCAGCUCCCUUCUUGCAAUUCCUUCGUCGCGUACGUGCGCUUAAUCCACCUGAUGCUGGACCAUUGGUCGUCCAUUGCUCUGCUGGGGUCGGUCGUACUGGUUGUUUCAUCGUCAUUGAUUCGAUGCUGGAGAGAGCAAGACACGAACGCACUGUUGAUAUAUAUGGUCACGUGACUUGCUUACGAGCCCAGCGCAAUUACAUGGUUCAAACCGAAGACCAGUACAUCUUUAUCCAUGAUGCCUUACUCGAAGCCGUUAUUUGCGGCGACACGGAAGUACCAGCUCGCAAUUUGCACUCCCACAUCCAAAAGCUGAUGCGUAUCGAUACGAUUGAGAACAUCACUGGUAUGGAAUUGGAGUUCAAGAAACUCGCCAACAUGAAGGCAGAUUCGAGCCGAUUCGUAUCUGCCAGCUUGCCUUGUAAUAAACAUAAGAAUAGACUGGUCCACAUCUUGCCCUAUGAGUCCACUCGGGUCUGUUUGACUCCACGCGAUGGUUCCGACUACAUCAACGCUUCGUUUGUGGAUGGUUAUAGAUACAGGGCCGCUUAUAUUGCAACUCAAGGUCCUUUGCCGGAUACGACUGAUGACUUCUGGCGAAUGCUCUGGGAGCACAACUCCACUAUUAUUGUCAUGCUUACGAAGUUGAAGGAAAUGGGCAGAGAAAAAUGUCACCAGUAUUGGCCCUCUGAUCGCUCCGUGCGCUAUCAGUGCUUCGUCGUCGACCCCAUCGCCGAGUACAACAUGCCCCAGUACAUCUUGAGGGAAUUCAAGGUAACGGAUGCUCGCGACGGAGCGUCCCGGACGGUCCGCCAGUUCCAGUUCACGGAUUGGCCGGAACAAGGCGUGCCCAAGAGCGGCGAAGGGUUCAUAGACUUCCUCGGACAGGUGCACAAAACCAAAGAGCAGUUCGGACAAGACGGGCCCAUCACUGUACACUGCAGCGCGGGCGUGGGUCGCACGGGCGUGUUCAUAACGCUGUCGACGGUGCUGGAGCGCAUGCAGUACGAGGGCGUGGUGGACGUGUUCCAGACCGUACGCACGCUGCGCACGCAGAGACCCGCCAUGGUGCAAACUGAGGACCAGUACGAAUUCUGCUAUCGCGCAGCGCUGGAAUACCUCGGCUCGUUCGACCACUACGCCAACUGACGCUGAGAUCGACUCGUCUAAAGUCAACCCUUAACCUUGCCGCAUGUAUGUAAAAGCCUUAUUGAACGAAAUAAAAAAAAAAUAUUGUCUAUGGUUAAAUGUCAUAUUGGAAAAUAGUACGCAUGUCGUUAAGAAUAUAGAAUUAUAUUAAAUGUAUUGUAGAAUCUUGUAACUGUCAUCAUACGAUAUAUACCUGUAAAUGAUAAAUGAAAUAAAAAAAUAACGAAGAUUUAUGGAUUCUUCGAAAAGAUAUUCCAUAUUCUAGCUACGUAUUCAAUUUUAUAAUAAGAUUACCCUUUAUGCAAGCGUCAUUUUAAUGGCGAACUACGCUCACAGCAGACGCUCUCGUAUUAAAAUUAUGCUCUUUCAAUUACCAUAUUGAGAACGACAUUAUAAUACCGCGGAUAUAUAUCGGGUAGAGACGAGUGUUUUUUUAAACAAUUCGAUAGUAUCAUUCAUUCGGAUCAAUUUGAAUGUAACUAUAUUAUUAAUGAUAUGCGUUAUGUAAAAAGAAGGAACGAAUGUUUUUGUCUUUUCUUUUUUUUUUUUUUGUUAAAUUCAUGUUAAAAUAGUCGGCAGGGCUUAGGUAAUAUCAAUUGGACGCAGUGUUCUCACGGAACUGACUGAUGUACUUGAUCAAUCCAGUGUCGUAUACCUAUGAGGCUAUUGUGUAUGAGUGCCUAGGAAAUGUUACUUAUGAUGUAUAUUUACGAUGACCAUUGUAAACAUGUUUGUGAGUCCGAAGGGUAAAUAUAUUUAAUGAAUCAUCAACCUAGAUACCCUAUUAUAUUAUAAACAUAGAUAAACACCUUAAAGCACGGCUGUUCGAGCUAUUUUUUAAAAUUGGAACAGUAUAUCAAAAAAAAAAAAAAACGUCGAUAUUUAAAAUUUGAAACGAUGCAAUUUAAAUAUAGAAGAGAAU